GAGACGGUGCUGGUGCUCCAGCCCGGAUAGGCGCCCUAGGUCUGGGCGGCGAGCGGGGUGCCCCGUGGCAGGCAGUCUGGGGUGCGUCCUCCCGGAGGGCAAUCUGCGAUGACCCCGCCACGAAGCUGAGGCUACGACUCGAACGCCCUCCGCUCCCUCGCCAUGCAGAAGAGCGUGCGCUACAACGAGGGGCACGCCCUGUACCUGGCCAUGCUGGCGCGCAAGGAGGGCACCAAACGCGGCUUCCUGAGCAAGAAGGCUGCAGAGGCGAGCCGCUGGCACGAGAAGUGGUUCGCUCUCUACCAGAAUGUGCUCUUUUACUUCGAAGGCGAGCAGAGCGGCCGCCCAGCGGGCAUGUACCUUCUAGAGGGCUGCAGCUGUGAGCGGACGCCCGCACCACCCAGGACCAACGCAGGACCCGCAGGCGCCCGGGACGCUUUGGACAAGCAGUAUUACUUCACUGUCCUUUUUGGGCACGACGGUCAAAAGCCACUGGAGCUGCGCUGUGAGGAGGAGCAGGCCGGGAAAGAGUGGAUGGAGGCCAUUCACCAAGCCAGUUACGCGGACAUUUUGAUCGAGAGGGAAGUGCUAAUGCAGAAGUACAUUCAUCUAGUCCAGAUUGUGGAGACUGAGAAGAUUGCCACUAACCAACUCCGACAUCAACUCGAAGAUCAAGAUACCGAAAUCGAAAGGCUUAAAUCAGAGAUUGUUGCUCUUAAUAAGACCAAGGAACGGAUGCGUCCGUACCAUGUUCAUCAAGAGGAGGAGGAUCCAGACAUCAAGAAGAUUAAGAAGGUUCAGAGCUUCAUGAGAGGGUGGCUGUGUAGGAGGAAGUGGAAGACCAUCGUGCAGGACUACAUUUGUUCUCCCCAUGCAGAGAGCAUGAGGAAGAGAAACCAGAUUGUGUUCACGAUGGUGGAGGCCGAGACGGAGUAUGUGCACCAGCUUUACAUCCUGGUGAACGGUUUCCUCAGGCCCCUGCGCAUGGCAGCCAGCUCCAAGAAACCACCCAUUAACCAUGAUGACGUCAGCAGCAUUUUUCUCAAUAGUGAAACAAUCAUGUUCCUUCAUGAAAUAUUCCAUCAAGGACUAAAGGCAAGGCUGGCAAAUUGGCCUACUUUGGUUUUAGCGGAUCUAUUUGAUAUUUUGCUGCCUAUGCUGAACAUUUAUCAAGAAUUUGUACGUAAUCACCAGUACAGCCUCCAAGUACUUGCCAACUGUAAGCAAAACAGAGAUUUUGACAAGCUCUUAAAGCACUAUGAAGCCAACCCUGCCUGUGAGGGGAGGAUGCUGGAGACGUUCUUGACCUACCCAAUGUUUCAGAUUCCCAGGUAUAUCAUCACACUGCACGAACUCCUGGCCCACACCCCCCAUGAACACGUGGAAAGGAAAAGUCUGGAGUUCGCUAAGUCCAAGCUGGAGGAACUGUCCAGAGUGAUGCAUGAUGAAGUCAGUGACACCGAGAACAUACGGAAAAAUCUCGCCAUUGAGAGGAUGAUCGUAGAGGGCUGUGACAUUUUGCUGGACACCAGCCAAACUUUUAUCCGACAAGGUUCUCUUAUCCAAGUACCUUCUGUCGAGAGGGGGAAACUCAGUAAAGUCCGCCUGGGCUCCCUGUCCCUGAAAAAGGAAGGCGAGAGACAGUGUUUCUUAUUCACAAAGCACUUUCUGAUUUGUACACGAAGUUCAGGAGGAAAGCUGCAUUUGCUCAAGACAGGUGGGGUUCUCUCCCUCAUUCAGUGUACAUUGAUUGAGGAGCCCGAUGGAAGUGACGAUGACCCCAAAGGUUCUGGCCACAUGUUUGGACAUCUAGAUUUUAAAAUCGUCGUGGAGCCUCCUGACGCUGCCUCUUUCACUGUGGUCUUAUUGGCACCUUCACGCCAGGAGAAGGCUGCAUGGAUGAGCGAUAUCAGUCAGUGCAUGGACAAUAUACGAUGUAACGGAUUGAUGACUAUAGUCUUUGAAGAGAAUUCCAAAGUUACUGUGCCACAUAUGAUUAAGUCUGAUGCCCGUCUUCACAAAGACGACACUGACAUCUGUUUCAGUAAAACACUCAAUUCCUGCAAAGUGCCCCAGAUCCGCUACGCCAGCGUGGAGCGCCUCUUGGAGCGGUUGACGGACUUGCGGUUUCUGAGCAUCGAUUUCCUCAACACCUUCCUGCACACCUACCGCAUUUUCACCACGGCCUCGGUAGUGCUGUCAAAGCUCUCAGACAUCUACAAGAGGCCUUUCACCUCCAUCCCUGUCAGGUCACUAGAGUUAUUUUUUGCCACAAGCCAGAACAACAGAGAACAUUUGGUAGACGGAAAAUCCCCACGUCUCUGUCGCAAGUUCUCUUCCCCACCUCCCCUGGCUGCGUCCAGAGCGUCCUCCCCAGUGAGGGCCAGAAAGCUGUCUUUGACGUCUUCCUUGAACUCAAGGAUUGGAGCCUUGGACCUGACUAAUUCCUCAUCUUCCAGUAGUCCCACCACCACCACCCACAGCCCUGCUGCGUCCCCGCCACCACACACUGCUGUCUUGGAGUCUGCACCAGCCGACAAAGCAGGAGAUUCUGCAGAUAUGUCACCAUGUAGAUCCCCCACAACUCCCCGGCACCUCCGCUAUCGGCAGCCUGGAGGACAGGUAGCCGACAGCGCCCACUGUUCUGUGUCACCUGCUUCUGCUUUUGCAAUCGCCACAGCUGCAGCAGGACAUGGGAGUCCACCAGGAUUUAACAACGAGAGAACAUGUGACAAGGAGUUCAUCAUACGGAGAACAGCCACCAAUCGAGUCCUGAAUGUCCUCCGUCACUGGGUCUCAAAGCAUGCACAGGAUUUUGAACUCAAUAAUGAACUCAAAAUGAAUGUUCUAAACUUGCUAGAAGAAGUUCUACGAGACCCGGACCUUCUUCCUCAGGAAAGGAAAGCAACGGCGAACAUCCUAAGGGCUCUUUCACAAGAUGAUCAAGAUGAUAUCCACCUAAAAUUAGAGGAUAUAAUGAUUCAAAUGACAGACUGUCCAAAGGCCGAGUGCUUUGAGUCGUUGUCAGCCAUGGAGCUGGCUGAGCAGAUCACUCUCCUGGACCACAUUGUUUUCAGAAGCAUCCCCUACGAAGAGUUUCUUGGGCAGGGCUGGAUGAAGCUUGACAAGAACGAAAGGACGCCUUACAUCAUGAAAACCAGCCAGCACUUCAAUGAGAUGAGUAACCUGGUGGCCUCCCAGAUAAUGAAUUAUGCCGACAUCAGCUCCCGUGCCAACGCCAUUGAGAAGUGGGUGGCAGUAGCGGACAUUUGCCGAUGUCUCCACAACUACAAUGGUGUUCUGGAGAUCACCUCAGCCUUAAACAGAAGUGCCAUCUACAGGCUGAAGAAAACCUGGGCCAAGGUGUCCAAGCAGACAAAAGCUCUAAUGGACAAACUUCAGAAGACUGUUUCAUCUGAAGGAAGAUUUAAAAACCUCAGAGAGACUCUCAAAAACUGUAACCCCCCAGCUGUCCCUUACCUUGGGAUGUACUUGACAGAUCUGGCAUUCAUUGAAGAAGGGACACCGAACUUUACCGAAGAGGGCCUUGUCAAUUUCUCCAAAAUGCGAAUGAUAUCACACAUUAUUCGAGAGAUACGCCAGUUCCAGCAGACCGCUUACCGCAUAGACCAGCAGCCAAAGGUCAUACAAUACCUGCUUGACAAAGCCCUUGUCAUAGACGAAGAUACACUCUAUGACCUGUCACUCAAAAUUGAACCUCGACUCCCUGCUUGAAGAUUUGGCCUUGUCCCUGAGGCCAUUGGAAUUCUGUGGAAAGCGGUCACACAUGGCACGGGGGGGUGGGGGGGGACCCAGAGGGACAACGCCUGCCUCCUUUCACCACCAAAGAUGGAACUGGACUGUAAAUCUGUCUCUAGCAACAGUGAAACCCAGCUCCAUGGACCAAAGACAGAUACCCCAGGCUGGGGUGGGAAGGUGUAAACUUUGAAGCGUAGGGAAGCUGAUGGCUCAAUUUGUAUAUGGGAUGUAAUACAGAGAUGCUGGUAACAAUUGUAAUGAAGUGGAAUGAAGGUAAAUCUCCCCUGUCCCCUGUUCUGUUAGAACUCAAGGACAAGGUCCCACAGAGAAGACCUGCAAUGUUUCUUUGUCACUCUGCUAGCCUGGGCUCACCUCUACCAGUCCUCUAGGACUUCAUCGCUUCUAUUACAGUUCCUUUACACCAAGCAUCAUGGCCAGCCUGAAGCUUCCUUUCUGGGCCCAGCACAGAAGCAGUUUCAGUAUGCAGCAUGUGUGUGGUUCUCAGUGUGUGCUCCGUGCCUGGGAGGAGUGAUGUACUCUGAAAACAGCUGUUUUUAGCCUUUGGGCAAUGGGACAGGCCAUGAAAGAUUAAAAACCAAGUGUAUCGUGGGUAGCACUUCCUUAGCUAUAAGUAUCCAGUGUCCCACAGACUUGAGUGGGGGCUUCAUUGAGACAUUGGUGGCCCCAAGAAGCCAAGUGUGGAGGUUUCAGUAAAGUGCAUGCCCAUGUCAGUCACCUGACCAAACUGGAAUGUGCUGUGAAGAGAAAUGACUUUAACCAAGGGGAAAUGGAGGCCUAAGAAUCAGCUUCGCUGGCCUCACUUGUUUCCUUUCCCCCAAUGUACUCCAGAAACACUUUCUGAUGUGCAAACCUGUUUGGGCUCAUUAUAAGCAUUGAGUAUUGGCUGUACUUUAAAGCGAGCAUUCUCUGGGGAUUUUCUUUGGUGAGCCCAUCCUUGCAUGUGCUGUUGGUAAAUAGUCUCUUCUCCUGUCUCGGCCAUCUUUGUUUAAAAUGGGUUUGAGAUCAUGUUGCGUAAGAAUACUGUUAAGUGCAGGGGUAAUGACUCCGAGCACGCCACAGCUCUUACAGCAGAAAACCAAAUCUGGGGCGGGGGCGGGGGGAGUGCCUUGCACCCAAGCCUGAUAAAGUGGGCUCAGCCUCCUCACAAUGUCUGCUGUUAAAGGGAUGAGGCUCUCCUUGAUCACCGCCCUCUCCUAGCCUCAAGGAGACACUGCUUUAAAAGAAGGCAGCAAUGGCAGCGGGGGUUACUUUUACCUGAGCCUAGCAGACCUGGCAUUUUCUCUUAGAAGCAUGAUACUUAUUGAUGCUGACCAUGAAGACUGACCUGCCUGGCCAUUUCCCCUCUUCCCUUGCAUUUUAAUUAUGUGGUAGAGCUAACAACGAGCUAGUGCUUUCCACUUGCUGGCUUCAGAGCUACCAUUGGUAAUGUACCAUAGAACUAGUGAAGGUCCAUUUCCUGCACAGUAGUGGUCAUCCUUGUAUAUAACUGCAUAGAGAAAUAUAAACUGAGAAAAAAAUAUUUAUAUUAUAUGAAUUCCACUCCAGAAGUCUUUUCGCUGGUUCAUAUUAGCCAACAGUGUAGCACUAAGUCCCACAGGGACACUUAUGGAUGCUUUUUUCCAUUUUGUUUAUUUAUUUCCUGAGUUGCUUGUUUGUUCUCUUCGGUUUCAAAUAAGAGAUUGUUGCAUCGUGAUGCAUGAUGAAAACAUAGGAUGCUGGAUCCUAGCUGUGCAUACCUUGUGACUUGUUUCUUGGUGUUCAGAGGCCAAACAAGAUCUUACAGAAAAGGAGUAAAGGUUGUUAGCAUUCUUGCGAGGACCACAGCAUACCAAUUUCACGAAAAAUACCACUAGGGAAGGAGUACCCACAUUGACUCCAACCCCACUCUGCCUCCACUCCACCCCUGUCCUUCAGAGGAUGGCUCUGUGUGCACUUUGCUUGGGAGUUUGGGAUCCUAUUUCUCCAAUGUUGUAUUCCAGAGGUCAAUACAGCCAUUGUUGGGGGUGGGGGGGAGGCAAACAAACAGAUAAAUGUAAUUUCUCAUGCUCCUCGCCUGUUGAAAUGCAGCUUUUCUAUGGAGCUUGUUCCCAGAAUGUUGGAAACGCCCCCAGUGGUCAUCUGUGGGUACUGCCAUUGUUUUACUCCGAAUUUCUUACAGCUUGUUAGAGCUAAAGCGAACCAGAUCAUGUGUGGAUUAUCCAAGGCAGGAAUGCACAUUUAGAAACAAAACACCUCAACUUGGUCACAUUUAAAAUUCACCAGAGCAAUUUGUGGUUUUUCUUGUGAUUGGUGGAAGUGUCUGUCCUUUGAAGCUUUCUAUGUCCUUGUGGGAUACGAUGCAUGCAUGUAUCGUAUGUCCGUGUCGUGUAUUGUGUGUAAUGCAUGUCUGUGUCUGCCAGCACCCUCCGUUAGCAGAUGCAUUUGUGAGAGCACUUGGGAGGCCAGCUUCUAAAUAUGAAGUAGCGAACACGUGUACUGAAAAACUAACAGGCAAUCAACCUGUUUUCGUGCUUUCAAAUGAACACAUCAUCUUGCUAGUCGGUGGCAUGGCUAUGAGGACCUUGGGGUGCCUAAGAUAUCUCUACUCUUGCUACAGAAACAAAUCUCUUACUGAAGCCCUCCAUCACAUGUGACAGUCUCAGGCUUGAAGCACAAUGCUGUCAGUUUUCUUUAGCAAUUUAACAGAGGAAUUGAAAGAGGGGAUUUUAAACUGCUGUGGAAAUAAUAGCAUGUCCCUAACACAAAGUCUCCUUUGCUGUUUGUUUGUGCAUCUCAAAGGACUACAUAUAAACAUGAAAAUCAUGGAUGCUGGAUCAUCUGGAAGAGAAACCUCCACUGUGAGCUGUUUAAUGUGACAAAGGGCAGUCCCCUUUCUUUCAUGUUAGGUGAGGCGAAACCGUGGGGCAGCAGACAUCGCAUCUUACCUAAAGAGUAAUGCAAUUCAGUGGCCAUUCCGAAAUCUGUCAGCUUUCACAUUCAAAAAAGAAAAAAAAAGGGGGUUUUAAUUUAGCUCUUCUUUUCAACUUUAAUGUCAUCCCCUACAAAAUUUCUCUUGUUUUAAAUAUGUUUCUUUGAAAUUUAAACCGCAAGGGUUAUCAUUCUUACUAUGGUCGAAACAGCAUAAGAGAUAACAUACUAUGUGGUUUUUAGCCAGGCUAAUUAAUGUCCACAGGAGGAAGAGAUUCAUGAACGGAAUUUAUUUUCAUUUCUGUGAGGAAUAAGAGUGUAAGUCUAGUGAUGUGCACCACUACAUGAUUCCUGGAAAUAAGGCUCUAGUCGGUGGAAAGUAACGGUUGUCCUUUCAGAGGCCACUGGUAUCUUAAAGCAGAACAGAACAGAAAUAGAGAGGGACCUUUUGUUGUAGGUGCAAACACGUAGGUGAGUGACCUAGCAGGGUUCCCAUUUCCACUGAUGUUCCAUUUCAGGACAUGGCAUUAAGAUAACCAUUGACUGUCCUUGAUCUGGUCUGCUCAAGGCAAACACUCACCCUACUUCACAGUGUUGAACCGCUGUCUCUACACAUUUUAGUUUGAACCAGAAAGUUGGCGGUGAAGCAGCACUGGGCCAGACAUGAGUCUCAGCCCAGCUCUGCACUAUCCACCGAAAAGCAUAGGCCAGUGUUUACACCUCCAAGUCUCACUUUUCUCAUCUGCAACAUGGGAUUAAUCAUAAUUCCCGUGCUGUCUACCUCACUAGACUGUCCUGAUGACCGAAGGGGUCAGAAUGUAAACGUUAAAGUGCUGUACAGUUGUGAGGUAACUGCCAUUCUCAGCUCUCUUUUGCAGAGGAAUUAAAUGUACUUAUUAUUUGUAUGUAUGUGUGUGCUUUUGUGUGCGAACACAUGUGAUAGUCAGUGAAACACAUUGUUUGUAUCUGGCUACUUUGCACAUCUGCUGUCAUUUGUAACUCUAAGGAGAGAUUUGUGUUGUGGCUGAGCACUUGCCAAGUGAGGCGUAGGUUAUGCCAACAUGCAAAUUAAACUUCGCCUUCCUUCCGUA